CCCACUAGGGUGAUUUCUUAUUUUAGACUAGGUAGUGUUUCAACCCUUACAAGAGAUAUCGGAUGAGGAAUUUUGAUUUGGGUUUUGAAUUUUAACCAAGAUAGUUUAUUGAAUUCUGAAUAAACUGUUUACAUAUUAAGCGAACUCUAGUUCCGCCUAAGUCAGUAAUGUACUGUAUCAUCUAGGCUUGGGGUGGAAUGAAAUCGAUCUCUACUUCUUUAAAUGGCCAGAGAUUCGGGUUCUAGCCCUAAGAAUGGAGAAACUUCUGGUACACCACCUCUUUAAAUGGAUCACAUGAAGAACAAAAUUGAAUUAGUCGGGUCAGUGAAUUUCGUAUACCGAAUAGCUAUAAACCGUUUUUUUUUUUUUUUUUUUUUUUUUGAAAAAAAAAGGUAAGGCAUAGUAUUAAUGUAGGUCUUCCGCUACUGUUUCUGUAUUUGAAAGCUAACUAAAAACAAAAGAGUAGCUGCAUGAGAGGGUCUCUAGAGUACCCACCAAUCCACCUUCCUCUUCCCUAACUUAAACAACUUUUGGCUCAGUAUCCUUCAUCUAAUAUCUUCUUCAUCUCUUCCCUACACUAUUAUUCUCUUGUAGCUUUUUUUUUCUCAUCAAAAUCCUGGCAAAGGGAUACUAAUCCCUACUCUGUUUAUCCCCUAUUCUUUGUUCUUAAAGAAUAUCGUUGUGAAAUGGAACAAGCAAGAUAUUGGAUGAGUGCAAAGCGAAAACAUGACACGACAUUAUCAAAUAAUCCUUCUUCAUACGCCGAUUCGUGGGAGGAGCAAGCUUUCGCAGAAGAUGCAGCUGGAUCACUUGGAGGAUGUAUAUGGCCACCAAGAUCUUAUACUUGUAGCUUUUGUGGAAGAGAAUUCAGGUCAGCUCAAGCUCUUGGUGGCCAUAUGAAUGUUCAUAGGAGGGAUAGAGCAAGAAUGAAACAAUCUCCUCCAUCUAAUAAUCCAAGUGGUGAUCAUCAAGUAUUUGUUCCUCCUCCUCCUCAUCAUCAUCACAGUAGCCAUGUUCAAUACCCUUCUCAAAUUUGUAACUUUAUGUACAACCCUAAUUUUGACUCUGACCAUGGAGCUCCAAUUAGGGUUUCUUCUCAAAAGAACUUAGCAACUCAUCAUCAUUCUUCCUUUUCAUCAAUUAUCCAAGAAGGAAACAAUAAGAACAAGUUGUCAUCACCUCCUUCAUCAUGGCCAAAGUCAAACUUGGUGGCUGGCAAAUAUUCUUGUCUCUCAAAUGUGAAAAAUGAUGACGAGAAGAAGUUGAAAUCUAUAGAUGUCAAAAAAGAAGAGAGGAAUCUAGAAGUCAUGAUAGACUCUAGCUUUAGGGCUGAAAUAGACCAUGUUGAGGAGGCUCCUACUAAUUGCAAAAGAAGGAGAGUUGAGGAAAAUAAUAAUAUUUCAUUUGCAAAUCUCUUGUCUAAAACAAGUUCAAUGGAAAGAUGUCGUCCACAAUCAGAAGCACUUGAAAGGAUUCCUACUGCCAUAGAGGAAUUGGAUCUUGAGCUGAGGCUUUGAAAAAUCCUAAGGUGAAGUGAAUUUGCAAAAACUGGUCAUUUGCCUACAAAAAUACAACUCGUCUCUUGCUCAUUUCUUUCUAUAUGCGUUUCACUCUCCUUCCUCUUCUUCUUUCACUUUUUUUUUUCUUUUCUGAUUUUAAGCUAAACUUGCUGAGUGUAAGAAUGACUUCAGGAA